CCCAUUUGGCCCUAAAUUAAUCCAACUUGUUAAAUUACAACAAAUAACACUACUACACUUGCUGCUAAUUCUACUUUAUUACUAUAAGUAGCGAUUUGUCGCGCCGGAUUUUUAGUUUUUUCUUGCUUCUAAGUUCUAAUAAUUCAUUUUAUAUAUAAAACUCCCACGUUUACACUGUAAGUUGCUGCUCCAUGUUGCUCUGUGCACACUUUACCUUCAACUUCUUCUUCCAUAUUUGAUUCCUUGUGAACAGAGCUUUUGUGGAUCCGUGAGAAAUGGCAGUGGAUCCGAGACAAAUUGUUGCUGGUGUUCUUACUGUUACUAUGUUUGUAAUGCUCGGCAACAUGAUCACGAGGGAUCACUUUUAUCCAGUGGAUUCUGAUAUAUCUAUCCAUAGCACCAGUAAGCAGAGCCUGGGAACUGGCCCUUGGAUAAAGGAUGGUGCAUCCCUAAAGCCUUGUUGGACUAAGCCAGUUCUUCAAGAAGCUGACCAAUCACAAGGAUUUGUUACCUUCUCACUCACUAAUGGUCCUGAAUAUCAUAUCUCUCAGAUUGCUGAUGCAGUUAUAGUAGCGAGGUAUCUGCGUGCAACUCUUGUAAUCCCAGACAUCAGAGGGAGCAAACCUGGGGAUAAGAGGAACUUUGAAGACAUCUAUGAUGUUGAACACUUUGUGAGAAGCCUAGAUGGUGUGGUAAAAGUAGCAAAAACUCAGCCUGCUGAAGUCUCAGCAAGAAGUCUUGCUGUCGUGAAGGUCCCAAAUAGGGUUUCUGAAGAUUAUAUUGCUGAAAACAUUGAGCCAGUUUUCACAUCUAAAGGAAAUAUAAGGCUGGCAACAUACUUUCCUUCAGUGAACAUGAAAAAAAUGAAAGAGAAGAGUAAUAUCGACUCAAUUGCAUGUAUGGCGAUGUUUGGAACUCUAGAGCUUCAACCAGAAGUUAACGAAGUAGUUGAGUCCAUGGUGGAGCGCUUAAGAACUUUGAGUGCAAAGUCAAAGGGACAGUUCAUUGCAGUGGAUCUGAGGAUUGAUAUAUUGGAGAAAAAGAGUUGCCAAGGCGACAAUGCACUUAAAUCAAAGAGCUGCUAUGGUCCAGAGGAGAUUGGUAUGUUCUUGAGAAAAGUUGGUUUCAACAAGGAUACGACUCUAUAUCUGACUCAAUCAAGGUGGGAUAGCAGCCUUAAUGCAUUAAAGGAUCUCUUUCCUAAAACAUAUACAAAGGAAAGCAUAAUGCCUAUUGACAAGAAGGCAAAAUUUCUCGACUCAGAAUCUUCAGAACUGGAGAAAGUAAUCGACUUCUACAUGUGUUCUGAGAGCGAUGUUUUCGUACCAGCAAUCUCAGGUCUCUUUUAUGCCAAUGUCGCUGGUAAGAGAAUCGCUUCUGGAAAGACACAGAUACUUGUUCCAGCUGAUAUUCCUGGCUCUUCUGCAGCUUUAACAGAUUACAUAUCCCAUUAUGUCUCAAAGAAGAACCACUUUGCCUAUUCAUGUUUCUGCUAGCUCGCUGUGAGAAAGACUGAGAACGCAGAUGGUUGAGAUGGGAUUUCUUCUAUGUAUUCCUUGCACACUAUUUGUAAGACACAGAGGUUUGGUUCAUCCAAUCAAGCCUACAUUUAUAGAGGUCUUGGUGGAAAAGAUCAGGCCCCAAAUAGUCGAAUGUUGAAUUUAGCAUUUGUAGAACAGAUUCUUUUACAUGUCAGUAGAGCUAUUGAACAAGAACUCUUGGCGCUUUGAAUAUUUUGUUAUGAUUGUUGUCAACUCCAUUCCAAUUAAUGGAGUGUUCCCUUAUAUAUAUAGUGCAAUUAAAUAGAA